AUGGCCGACCCAGCUGCACCCGCCAAAGCUCACCGAAAGCGAUUCGUAGGUCGCUCCGGUAUCCCCCCAUCUGGAGUCGAUGGCGCACCGGCACCGUCCUCAUCAAGCGCCCGGCCAAGCUCGAGCUCAUCGACGUCCUUCGCAGCGCCCGUCUCAGCUUCACCCAUCGUCGACCCGCUCCUCGCCGCAGCCAUCGGCCAUCUCCUGCCCGGGAACUACAACUUUGAGAUCCCCAAAACGAUCGCGCAGAUCAAACGCAACAAUGCGACGCGCGUAGCAUUGCAAAUGCCCGAAGGUCUGCUCAUGUUUGCCUGUGCGAUCGUCGAUAUCAUUGAGCGUUUCAGUGACGGGGUCGAAUGUGUGAUCAUGGGGGAUGUCACUUAUGGCGCGUGUUGUAUUGAUGACUAUACCGCGCGCGCCUUGGGAUGUGAUAUGAUGGUCCAUUAUGGUCAUUCGUGCCUCGGUAAGCUGGCGUUCCUGCUCGGCCAACUUCAGCGGGAAGCUCAUGCCCCCGUUGGUUGACCUCCCACAGUCCCCGUCGAUACGACGACGAUCAAGACACUCUACGUCUUUGUCGAGAUCUCGGUCGACCGACCCCAUCUUGCGGCUUCGAUCCGCCACAACUUCCCCCAGUGCAUUCCGACGCCGAGCUCCUCCUCGGCAAUCUCUGCGAUCACAGGUUCUUCGAAAGGCAAAGGGCCUGAAUUGGAGAUCGAAGUCGAAAGCACCCAAUCGGAACGUUCGACUGUGACGCCUACCUUGGAAGAUGAAGGAAAGAGGACCAAGCUUGCCGUCGUGGGAACGAUCCAAUUCGUCGCGGCUGUCCAGGGGCUCAAAGCCGAUCUGGAGAAGGAUCUCCCUGAGGAGCAACAACCCGUCGAACGGCUCGCUAUCGAGGCACCACGAACGAGUGGAACCGUUUCUUCAACACCAGACGCAUCGAUUGCCAAUAGACAACGAGCCAAAUUCGACGUCGUUGUGCCUCAAGUCAAACCCCUCAGUCCGGGAGAAAUCUUGGGCUGCACUGCUCCGAGGCUGUCCAAGGAUGUCGAGGCGCUGAUGUGAGUACAGAGUCGUCACCGACACGGAUUCAAGGUGUCUAAUCGUUCUCGUCCUACUCCCCACCACAGUUACAUCGGCGAUGGUCGAUUCCACCUCGAAUCCAUCAUGAUCGCGAACCCCCUGGUCCCCGCCUUCCGUUAUGACCCCUACACCAAACGAUUGACGCGCGAGUUGUACGACCACGACGAAAUGAAGCGCGUGCGCGCAGACGCGAUCCACCAGGCGAGGGAGAGUCUCAAGUCGAGUUCGGUCAAGUCCUCGAACAACGACGAUUCGGGUGUUUGGGCCGUCGUUCUGGGGACUUUGGGCCGACAGGGCAAUUUGAGGGUCUUGAGAUCCGUGACUAAACAGCUAGCACCAUCUGCAAAGCCUCAAUCCGAGUCCGACCUCAAGACCUCCAGACCAGCCACCUCGACGUCUUUCAUCCCCAUGCUUGUAUCGGAACUUUCACCCGCAAAGCUGUCCUUGUUCCAUGGGAUCUCGACCUUCGUUCAAACCUCGUGUCCACGUCUUUCAAUCGACUGGGGCUACGCAUUCCCUCGACCCCUCCUCUCACCUUACGAAGCGUCCCUCGCUCUGAACGUUACAGGCGCCAAAGGAUGGAGUGGGAUCGGGUUACCCGCCGUCGAAGAAGGACGAGCGAUAGCGUCAGAAGCGCAACAUGUCGAUAAUUACCCAAUGGACUUUUAUGCCAAUCAAAGUAUGGGUGAAUGGACGCCUAGGCAUGGGAUGGGGAUCAAACGAGCGGGUGGGGAGAAAGGGCGACCCGUGCCCAGGAGUAAAAGACCUGUGGUCGUUCCCUUGUGUACUUGA